UCAUUCACAGCCAAAACAAGAAAUUACAGACUUUGUACAAAAUGUGACUUUCAUUUUAACAAAUUCCGAGAAAAGAUGUGGUCCAACCAGCCCGAAAUUCGGGUUUUUAGUGGCAUUUGUCCUGACGAAGCUUGUCAAACCAAGCUCUACUUUCCUUCUUAUGCCGCAUCGAGUAUAGAAUGUACUGGUUGUGGGAAACAUUUCAGCAAGGAUGCUUUGAAGUCCGUGCAACUUGUACACGAUUCGGAAGAGGCUUUCCGAAGUCUUUUGCGAUCUGCUUUACUCACUGGAACUGCUUUGAAAAAAGGAACUGACCUAGUUAAAGUUAGAGGUUAUUCGAAUUAUCACUGUAGAAUUUUAUCUCCAAUUUUAACUUAUCACGGAAUGGAGAAAAGCACUUCUGAAGCAAAACUUCUACGAGAUAUGGGCCAAGGAGAGUAUUUUGACUGUGCAAAUGUYGGCGRUAGAGCUUUUAGUAUUGAACCAGAGUAUUUAGAGACACCAGGWUAUGGUAAAGACAAGUCYGGUUCUCUGAUUUAUCUUCGUGGUUUCUUAGAAGAAGUAAAAUUUGAAAAUGACAACGAAGAGAGACUUAUUCCACUUCAUGUUGAUGGCGAUGGUUAUUGUCUGGUGCAUGCCAUAUCUCGUGCGCUGAUUGGCAGAGAAAUAUUCUGGCAUGCUUUAAUGAUUAAUCUUCAAAAUCAUUUAAGRGAGAAUAUAGGCAAGUACAGAACUUUAUUUAUAGAUUUCAUCAGCCGUGAUGAAUGGGAUUUGAUUAUCUCUGAGGCUGAYCCUGACUAUGAACCUMAYGAUGGCCAACCCCUUGGACUCAGRAACAUACAUAUCUUYGGSUUGGCAAAUGUSUUGCGYAGGCCUAUACUCCUCUUGGACAGUGUAUCAGGAAUCCAAUCAAGUGCUGACUAUACUGGUACAUUUCUACCAGCKCUUGUUCCAGURCACUUGUGUAAGACCAAAGAYGGCAARCGUAUACCACCUUUAGCCAUUGCAUGGAGUAGCUCUGGUCGUAACCAUUAUAUACCMCUWGUAAACAUGCGUGGUAAACCACCAGCUAAACUUCCUGGUCGAGUGGUACCCAAAGCUUGGGGUAUACCRAACGARCUKAUCAAGGCAUAUAUUGACUUUGAGCCAAAYAACAUGUGUGUUAUYGGCGGCUCUAGGGGUAUGAGUGAUGCAUAUCUUGGCCGUUUGAUGAAAGCUAUGGAUGAGAAAUUCCUAGAAAUCAACAAAAUCUCAGCCGCACUUGUCACUGAGGUUCACCAGUUUAUAUUCAAGCCGUCAGGGUUAGUGGGUGUGCGUCCAAAGACAGUGAUUGACAGGACRGCWCAGACAGUGUCUAUGGGMUUGCUUAUGAGGUGUCUGUCUUGUAAUUCUGUUUCGGAGCUCACUUGCCCUGUCAAUCAAGAKUGGCUGAUGCCAGGGGGGUCUAUGUAUAUUUCUGCUUCACAUGCUGCACAGGCCCAGGGGGGGUUAGCUGUAGGGGAGAUGUACUCAUUUCCUGAGCAUAAUCUUGUCUGUACAUACAAUCCUGACAAAGAUGUGUUGGAGGUGGGUGUAGAUGUCAAUAACUGCUCAUUAUGCAAAGGUUCUAUGAGGAAGGUCAAGCCUGAUGGAAGGCCAGUCUAUCAAAAUGGUGACAGAACCUCUACACCAGUUACAGGGACGUCCAGAUGCUCUUGUGGGUUUAAGCAUUACUGGGAUGGCAAAGAGUAUGACAACCAGCCUGARCUCCUACCAGUKUCCUUAGAGUGGGGAGGAACACCAAUCAAGGAAAACGUUCACUGGUUCCAGUAUGAAAGUGAUCCAUCUUUGAAUUCCAAUGUUUAUGCUGUGGCUGGAAAACUGGUGCAAAAAUACUUCCCGGGCGAGUUUGGCAGUGAGAGGCUGGUACAGAAAGUAGUUGAUACAAUACUUAGACAGACUGCAAGAAAAGAGGGCGAAAAUAAAGGUGCUCGUCCUGACAUYCCAAACCUUGGUGCAGCACCAUCAGAAGACCCAAUGCAGUACUCACCUUCUAAGAUCAUCCUUACUGGGCAAAAGAAAAAGACCUUUCACAAAGAAGAAUUGACGAAAAGYGAAGCAGAGAGAAGAGURAAGAUAAAGACUGAACAUCGUGCACCACUUACACAGAACAGACAGUCCAGACUACAGAAAACACCUGAGAAAAGUCCAGUGAAAACACAGCCACAAAAACAAGAGCCCAGUCCCUCUUCACCAAGACCAACCUCGUCCCAGACCCCAAGAAACAACAAACGUAUACGACUGUCUUCAUCUACUGGUGGUCAACAUGACCUUACCCUCCCCCUGAAYGUCACCUAUAGCCAACUACAACAAGCUAUCGAAAAGGAACUAGGGGUACCCCCAAAGGAACAAAAAAUYCGAUUUGGGUUUCCACCACGUGUUCUGCAACCGCCUGAUGAAGGCAAGGAAGAAGAUCCCAUACCCGUUCAGCAUGGAGAGAGGGUAAUGGUAGAAGUACUGCCUCCCCCUGAACCUGAGCCUCAGSCUAAAGAAGAUUGGGAUAUUCCGGAGGAGACGAAGAUGGACGUUGCUGGUGCUCUGGAAGGGGAUAAGGGAGGGGGUAAGUUGGGUGACGGUGAAGCAGCAAAGAAUACGAAAGCAGAGGCAUCUCCAAUGGAUGUGGAUACAGACACAGCAGCGUUAGCCUCAGCGUUGAUGAGUGCUCUAUCGGGYGCACUGCCCACUGACAUGUGGGAAAUGGCUUGCAGGACUCCACAGAUGUUCGACCAUGGAGGAUAUUACUACAAUCUUGCUUUCAAUAGUCUUGGAGACCUGAAGAACGAACAGCACGUUACAUUACCAAAUCUACCAAAUAAGGUGUUUUCAUAUAACAAGAAAAAAGACCGCUUAGAUCUCUGCCUCGGCAAAAUUCACGUGCAAGUMCAACCCUUAAACCAAGAAACACUAGCRGARGGUCAGCGGACUUCUCACUCGACACAGUCUCCCGUUAUGAGUACCGAGUCGUCAUUCAGCGGGGCGAUUACCCAUCGUAAUUCGAAUAGAUCAACUAUGGCUUUCACAGGGGAGGGGAGGUCCCUUGCAGAUUCGUCGACGCCGUCGCCAAGGCAACAAGAAAACAUACAGGUGUCGACCUCCUCCGAUCAACCUCAGACCAUGGAAGCUAACACURCGUUAUCUGAGAAAGAAGGCUAUGACACAACGUCUCGAACCCUAGCAGACCCGCAACAAGGUGAACCGGACCUUUAUUUAGAUAUAUCAGCUACGAGAACAAAAAAGAAUCAACCUUCUGAACAAUCAUCAAGUCAACUGGAAACCGAGUUGGCAGGCGAGGCUGCUGAGGUUGUUUCUAUGGAAACGAAUCAGGACAGUAAGCUAGAAAAUCRCGAAGAUCAAAAGCAAUCUGAUUUGAGCCCACAGGCGUCUAGUACUGCGGAUACUGACAUGAAAGUGGUUGCCAUGGAAAGUAAUGAUCGAUUCGAGGAUUUGGCUGGCGACAAGAGCCUAUUGUCAUCUGGUACAGCGGAUGUUCCCAUGGAAUCCUCUACAGAUGUCCUUGUCAAUCAAGCUGCGAGUGAGGCUGCUAUGGUGGUUGAAACGGGAUUCCCUCGGGAUAUMCCUCGGRAUGGAGMCGAUAAAGRAAACACAACUGAAAAUGCWGACUCUAUGCUGGAUGAUGCGGGAUUUAUUCGGGAUGUCCCUCGGGAUCAUGUUGAUAAAGUAACCACRAGGGAAGACAAUGCAAGCAGUACAGAAAACCUGAGUGAUGUUGUGCCGGAAAGUCAAAGGGAAUUUCUUCUGGAGAAGACAGAYCYMRGAAAUAAAGAGAAAGCACCAAUGGACGCUGAGAAUUCUAGCACCACAGGGUACCCAACAGAAGACAACCAAACGGGAAUUCCUCUAGACGAAAAURAUACCGGAAGUGAAGUUGUACAGRCUGACACAGGUAGCCCAACCGCGAAUUUAAAAGAACCRCAAAAGGUAGUCGGUAUGUAACAAACACCAAGRAAACGGAACUGUACGUUGCUAUGCAACUCACUGAAGCACUGACCAAAAUMAAGCRCUGAUGAUCGCAAAGGAUUCYAGGACCAYGUGUCGCUUAGACAACUAAAAACAGUGGCCAUGAUAUUGAAGAAAGGGUUAGCAUUCACYUUYUUGAAGUAGUGUUCUGGACAGAAAUAAUAGACACCUGUUUAUUGCAUAGGCUGCUGUUAGUUGUUACGACAACCUGAAUAGGUUAUGGUAACAUUUAGUUAUAGUUACUGAUUUACACUAGGUCGCUGUAGUAACAUGAUGUUAUAGUAACAAGGUUUUAUGGUAACAAAUUUUCAUGGUAACAUGAUGUUAUGGUAACAUGUUGUUAUGGUAACAAGCUGUUAUGGUAAUAAAGUGUUAUGGUAACAUCUAAUUGUAACAUACUGUUAUGGCAACAUUGUGUUAUGGUAUCAUACUGUUAUGGAAACAUGCUGUUAUGGUAACAUGCUGUUAUGGUAACAUACUGUUAUGGUAACAUGCU